GUGGUUAAGAGUCAAAAUAACUCAGCUAAAGCCUAACACUCUAACCCAAAUGGCAUUUGAAAAACAAGGUCCGGUGUUGGCUCCAUCAUUAACAAAUGUUCCCUUGGAACCCUACACAUGUUCCUCCCAUGUCACUCAUUCACAUUUGUUACAAGACACUUAGUUCCCUCUCUUUCUGUCUCUUAUUCUCAAUCAUGUCCUUUCACCUCCUUUAAUCUCACUCCCACCCUCCUCAAAUAAAUCCCCAGAUUUUUUCACCAUUUCCCAGUGUGCCCGUGUGCCUAAAAAACUUAAUCACUUCUUUCAGCUUCACACACUAAUAAGUGAUAAUAAUAAUAACACGAUUCCAUUAUUCUAAAGCACAGGUACACACGCUAUGGCUUCUGCAACUGGCUCUGGUUCUUCUUCUGGCUUCGGAUCUCCCUGUGGGGCAUGCAAGUUUCUGCGAAGAAAGUGUGUCACUGAUUGCAUCUUUGCACCUUACUUUUGCUCAGAACAAGGAGCUGCUAAAUUCGCUGCCAUUCAUAAGGUGUUCGGUGCUAGCAACGUUUCCAAGCUGCUCUUGCGUAUACCAGCUCACGGUCGUUUUGAGGCAAUACUCACAAUUGCUUAUGAAGCUCAAGCUCGCCUUAGAGACCCUGUUUAUGGUUGUGUCUCCCAUAUUUUCGCCUUGCAACAACAGGUAGCAUGCUUGCAGGCACAAGUAAUGCAAAUGAAGGCACAGCUAGACCAGAACCACAUGGAGCCCAGGAACUUUGAGAAUCAUUGGUCAGAGAAUGUUGCACAAUCAUUCAAUCCAUUUUGUCCCACUUCCAUGAAUAACCUCAUAUCUCCUCAGAGCUCACUCGAUUCAUUGGGUUAUAGCAGCAUCAAUGAUGGAAUGAGCAUGCUAGAUGUACAAAGCAGCAGAGAGGAAUAUUUCGCACUGCAAGCCUGUAAUUCUAAGAAAAGAUCAUAUAACAAUGACUUGGGUGAGCUGCAAGAAUUGGCACUUAGGAUGAUAAGGAACUGUGACUAGGCUAGCUAUAAUUAAAGCUAAUUAAUCCUUAAUUAAUUGUCUUUGUUUAAUUUCUUGAAGGAUAUUAAUAUUCCUUUGAUGUUGAAGGGCGAUAGCCUUUUGCUAGUGUUGUAUAUACUGAUGAGAGUGUCAAGGAGAAACGUGCUUGCCAUAAAUGAUAAGCCUAAACCAACAUUAGGAUUUUGGCUUUUCUGUUUUUGGAUUCAAUCCAAAAGAAAUCAAAAUUUUUAAGACUGGCAAACUCUUUUUCUCUCUAGCACUCUGACGAGUUAUAUUGUGUUUACUUAAACUAGCGUAGUAAUUAACUUCCAGUGUUUAAAUAAUGUAGUUUUAUUUGAAAUAGAACAAAUAAUUACACAUCCCUUGAACUAAAAUAGGAAGCCUAUAAAAUAG